AAUUGGAGGUGAUAACAGUUUAUUUUACACUGUAUUUUGGACAUGAGAACAUUGUGGGAUAAACUUUAAUAAGCCAAGGCAAAAUGGCUACUGGAGGAAGUGACAAAUGUAGAUUAUCAGAUGAAACAUUUGACUUACUUUGUACAGUGUGUAAACGUAAAGGAAAAAAUACAGAAGCCGAAAAAUAUUGUGUUGAUUGUGGUGACUACUAUUGUUUAACCUGUGUCAAAGUUCACGAUGAUGUCCCAUUACUGACUGGGCAUAAGAUUCUCGGUAAGGGCCAGUUUCAGUCAAUGUCUACUGGUAAACAGCCACCAGUUCCAACAGAAAGAUGCGACAAACACAGUCAUAAACAUGUAGAUAUGUACUGCCAGAAUCACGAUGAUGUUGGUUGUUCAACAUGUAUGGCUAUUGAACACAGGUUAUGUCAGGAUAUUUUCUACAUACCAGACUUCAUACAGAAUAAUGCAAGAAUAGUAAAUCCAAAGAACAUUCAACAGGAACUUGAAACUUCUGCCAAGAUCUUAGAUGAAUACCUUGACGACUUUCAACAAGAAAGACAACAAAUCUUGAAAAGCAAGGCAGAUUCAAUUGAAGAAAUCAGAAAAUUUAGACAAGAAAUUAAUGCCAGGCUUGAUGAAAUAGAGCAGAACUCUGUAGCUGAUACAGAGAAUAGAUACAAAGUACUGAUAAAAGAGAUAGAAGACAGAAUGAAACUGUUGCUGAAAAAUAAAGCUAGUAUUACUUCAGCUAAAGAUAAAUAUGCAUCAGCUAGAAGUAAUGUUUCCCAGGAGUUUGUUAAUGGAAAGAAGGGGAGAAAAGUUGCUCGCAAUGCUAAAGCCUGUGUAGAGGACAGUAAAGCUGGAUUUCAUAGGAAAGAUAUUAAAAUCAUCCCUGAUCAGAUAAUACUGCCAAUGCUGAAAGAAAUGAAUAUGCUGUUGAAAGUAGCAGAGAAAGAUUCUCUGCUUCAAGCAAAAAAUAAAAAGACACCUACGGUGAAAAUUCCAUCAGAUACACAUGUCUGUAAUAUUACCUCUGUCUGCUAUCUGGAAGAUGGAUCAUUAAUACUGUGUGAUAACAACAACAAGAAGCUGAAACAUUUAGACAGUUCCUCCUACACUGUUAGGGAGUAUUAUGAUCUUCCUUGCUUUUCGUGGCAAGUGUGUCCCAUCAAUAAGCAGGAAGUUGCUGUGAGUGUGUAUAUGAAAAAAGAAAUUCAUCUUAUUUCCCACAGCAAUAAAAUGAGAAAAACAAAUGAAAUAAAAACUGACUUUGAAUGUCGUGGUCUGGCCCAUGCAGAUGGCAAUCUGUACAUUUCAGACAAGCAUACAUCAGUUUACGUAUACAGUGUAUCAGGCAGAAAGCUGAAAUGCAUCAGUAUGGACCCUUCAGGACAGUUCAAAUUUAAUCUACCCAGACUGGCUGUCAAUAAGGAUGGUUCCAAAAUGUAUAUUACUUGCUUGAAUAAUGGACUCAUCAUAUUAGACAAUAAUGGACAGGUUGUCAGGAAAUUCAAUGGUCCAGAGUUACAAAAUCCCUGUGGAAUAUUUCAGACCAGCAGCGGUAGUUUGCUUGUUGCCUCCGCAGGUAGCAGCAAUGUGCUGCAGUUUGGACCUACAGGACAACUUAUUGGGGAGGUAAUCAAACCUGAUGAUGGAAAACGUGGAUGUCAAGUUGUUGCUUGUAAUCAGCAAAUGACCAAGAUGAUCAUCUGUAGGUUACAUGAUAACAACAUUGAAGUAUAUGAUAUAAUCUGAUACAGUAUACAGGAAAUUAAAACAAUCAAUGUGUUUAGCUGAAUCCAUUCCCUAUUUCCCUGCCAUUUUGACUUUAUUAGUCCAUCACAUCAAUGUGUGUCCUCUUUUGAGCCUUUUUACUAGUUGUUGCUACUUGAAUAUACUAUCAAAACAAUUGUUGCACACAUGGAUGCAACAAAAUUAUAUCAAUUUAAAGAAUCUACAUAACUGUAAAAUCAUUUAAUUUUUUAGGCAUAAAAUACACAUUGAUAUCAAACAUAACAAAAAUGAAGUGAAAAAAAUAUCCUGUAUUGUUCUUGAUAUUCAAGGAAUUACCCCCACCUAACAAUCAAUAUCAUGAGACAUUUCUAAGAACAUAACCUACUUGUUGGACCUCACUCCAGAAAUCAUACAAACUUCUACAAAUGUAAAUAGCUUUAAAAAGAAGUUCCUGUUCAUCAAAGGAAAAUGUAUCAAAUGUCUUUUAAAUAGUUCUCCAAUUAAACAAUCAUCUUUUAUGAUUUCUGUUAAUUCAGGACAUGAUAUAGUUUUAAUCUAGUUUUACAUUUUCUUUGUAAAUGUGUUUAGUUUCAACGGUAUGUGAGGUAAACCUGGGUUUUGCUUUUUGUAAAUAUCUUUGUUCAUAACCUUGUGAAUAUACUAUUCUGCACUGUUUUAAAGACACUGACUUAGGGAGCAUCUCAUUAUGCAACUGUGGUGAAAGUUUCAUGCUAAUCUGGUUGAUAUUGAUAACUUUCCCACCCUGGACUGAGCUGCUGUAGAAACAAGUACUUGCUCCUAAAUGCAUAUUUCAUGUUUUGCCAUCAUAUUUUCUAUCUUCAAUGUGUUGUAUAUAAUAUACCUAUGUAUUAUAACUUUGCAGUUAUGAAUGUGUGUUUAUGAGCGAGAUUAAAAAUAAAUUUAUAAAACUGGA